AUGAUUCUGGAACUACGACGAAAUGCAUUUGAUACAAAUUUAUUAUUAUCUGAUCAAAGUUGUCAAGAUUUAAGUUUUCGAGUAUCAUCAGUAAAUAUAAAUGAAAUUAUUUCAAUAUCAGAAAUAAAUCCUCGUCGAGUUGAAGCAUUACAACGUGAUUAUGAACGACUUGAAUUUCAACUAAGAAUAUUUUCAAAUAAAAAACAAUUUAAUUGUUUUUAG